UCUUUCCUUGUAGUGGAUCAAUAACUGCAUAGGAAGAAAAAAUUACAAAAGGUUCUUCAUCCUCAUGGUGUUUGCUCUUCUCUUGCUUAUUCUGCAGUGGGCUGUUGGGAUGCUUGUGCUGAUACUGUGUUUUGUUGAGAGAAGGAGAUUUUCUGCUGAAAUUGUUUCAAAGCUGGGUAGUAGCUUUUCCUUGGCACCCUUUAUCAUUGUGGUGGCUGUGUGCACUUUAUUAGCCAUGGUUGCUACUCUUCCAGUUGCACAACUUUUCUUCUUCCAUAUUCUUUUAAUAAAAAAGGGAAUCAGCACCUAUGAUUACAUUAUUGCUUUGAGGGAGCAAGAUCAGGAGCAGGAGCAACUUGCUGUUGGUGGGCAGCAAAGUCCGCAAAUGUCCCAAGUGAGCUCUUUUACUGGACUAAGCAGCACCAGUUCUUUCAAUCAAUUCCAUCGCGGUGCAUGGUGUACUCCGCCAAGAUUAUUCCUUGAGGAUCAGGUAUCAUACUUUCAUUAUUUAGAAAGUUAUUGUGAAUGUAAUUUACCAUGCUCAAUUGUGUAA